GCAUUGCAUUAUGGAAAGCAAACCAGGGCAGGACCUUCAUGGUGAAUGGUAUGGCACUGGGUGGUAGAGUAGAGAGAUCUAGGAAUACAAAGUUCCCUGAAAGUGGCAUCACAGGUAGAUAAGGUGGUGAAGAAGACUUUUAGCAUGCUGGCCUUCAUCAGACAAGGUAUCGGAUAUAGAAGUUGAGAUGUUAUCUUACAGUUGUGCAAGGCGUUAGCGAGGAUGCACUUGGAGUAUUAUGUUUAGACAUUCUGCUAUAGAAAAGAUUCCAUUAAGCUGGAAAGAGUACAAAGAUUUAUGAGGAUGUUGAGUUCUAUCAACCCAAGGGCUAAGCAACAGGGGAAGGAUGGAAAGGGUCAGCUUUUAUUCCUUGGAGCACAGGACACUGAGAGGUCAUCUUCUAAAGGUGUAUAAAAUCAUGGGGAAAAUAGAUAGGGUAAAUGCACAUAGUCUUUUUGCCAGGAUUGGGGAAUAAAGAACUAGACAACAUACAGUAGGUUUAAGGUGAGAGGGUGAAAAUUUCAUCAGAAUAUGAGGGCCAGCUUUUUCACAUAGAUGGUGGUGGGUAGAUGGAAUAAGCUUCCUGAGGAAGUUACAGGUACAAAUAACAACAUUUAAAAUACAUUUCGACAGGUACAUACAGAGGAAAGAUUUGGAGGGAUAUGGGCCAAGCACAGGCAAAUGGGAUUAUCAUAGAUUGGAUAUCUUGGUUAGUAUUUAUGAAUUGGAUCAAAGGUCAAGACUCCCUGGCUCUGAAUAAUCUAGUCAUUAUAUUGGUGUCUGCGGACCUUAUGGCGUAAAUUAACCGCUGUACUUCCUGCAGCCGUAGAGUCACAAGAGACUGCAGAUAAUGGAACCCUGAAUUAAAAAUAAACAGCGGGAAGAACUCAGAGAGUCAGGCAGCGUCUGUGGAGGGAAGUGGACAUAUGACGUUUCCGGUCAGGCAGACCACACCCACAGACAUAACACACUUCAAUUGGCCAUAAAUUGCCUUACCACAAGCUGAGAUUUGAAAGGUGCCACAUAAAUACAUUCUCUCCCCAUCUAUUAUCAGAAGCCCCCAUCUCAUCAAACUGGGAUCACAGUUUUUUGUUUAAACCUACCAAUUUUAGCAGUUGCUGAUUCUUUUACAGAAACUUUGGAAGGAAUUCAGCACCUCAGGGAGAUGGUAUUAGAAACCCUGGCUCCAAACCGUAAGGACAGUAAUCUGUGAGAUCAAUUUUCUUACACGCACCAAUAUAUCAACAUAUGCUUCAGGAAAAUGCAGACCAUCCACAACAGGGUUUAGCUUUUGAGGUACGAAUAGAAACACCAGUUUGGAGAAAUUGACUCAGGUUUAGCACUUGGCAAUCGAUUCUCAUCACAUACGUCCCCAGUUUAAAGUGGAUGGAAGUAGGCCCCUUAAACCAUGCUAAAAUUAAACCACCUUCUCCCCAAGGCAGGCAGGCAUAAAAAUGGUGCGGGUCUUAUCUUAGCACCGGCACAAACAAGCAAGUGAGAUGUCACAUGUGGAGUGAGUUGGAAGUCCAUGCUGGUCUAUUAAUAGUCCCAGAAUGUAAGUUAUGUUUUGAUCGACUGCUGAAGUAAAUACAAGUAUCAACGCAAGGCUGUCUGCCUAUUAACAAAUCUGGAAAUAUUAAUUCAGGAAAAUUACACCGACACCAACCAGUGCAAGGCAUUAUUCAUGUUCAGUUGUUCUGUAUGCACCUUCAAGCACCUCUGGUACACAUCAACUUCCAGAAAAGAAAAGAAGGUGUAAAGGGGAAAGUUUGACACUCAACGGCGACUGUGCUCUGGACACCAUCAACCAUGGAACUCAGCAUGAAUAACCCUGCAGUUCCUCAUGACUCAUUUCAGUUCAAAGAAAUGGACCUGUCUCACCAAUUAUUAAGGCAGCUUAAUAGUCUACGGGACGAAGAGACUUUAACCGAUGUUGUUCUCUGUGCUGGGAACAAAGAGUUGCCUUGUCACCGAAACGUAUUGGCAUCAAGUAGUCCCUAUUUCAGGGCUAUGUUUUGUCACAACUUCAAAGAAAGAUUCCUGAAACAGGUGCGGUUGUUGGGGAUCGAUGGGGACAUUCUGACUCUACUUGUGGAUUAUGUGUAUACAGGUGAAAUUACUAUAAACAUGGCAAAUGUUUUCCCCUUGAUGGAUGCUGCUGCAAUUUACCUGUACCCCAGGGUGCUUGAGGCUUGUUCCGUGUACUUGCAAAGUCAGUUAACUGCUGACAACUGCCUGGGCAUGGUAAGGCUGGCGCAAAUGUACGACUGCAAAAGUCUGCAGUGUGGGGCCAAAGAGGUGGCAUUGGAGCACUUCCUGGAGGUGGCAUCCUCUGACGAACUGAAGGAGCUCUCCUGCACCGAGAUGGCGGGCUACCUCGGAGACGAUAAACUCUGCGCCGAAGAAGAGCAGGUAUUCGAGGCCCUGGCCACCUGGAUCAGCCACGACCCAGAGGCCAGGCAGCGGUACGCGCACGAGCUCCUGGAGAAGGUGCGACUCCAGUACGUGCACCCCACCUACCUCUUCCACUUCAUCGCCAUCAACCCCUUUGUCCAAGCCUCAUCCAUGUGCAGAGGUAUCCUGGAAUCAGCGCUGAGGUUGCUAUUUUCCUUGAGCCCCACAAGCAGCCCUAACGUCCAGCCCCUGUGGCACGUCCCACGCAGGCAUUCUUCCCAGGAGUUCCUCGUCACCAUUGGCGGUAGGAAGAGCAACCAUCAGACCACAAGGGAGGUGUUCUUGUACAAUUACACAAAACAGCAAUGGCUAGCCCUCUCGAAGCUUCCCGCACAUCUUUACAAAGCUUCAUCUGUAUGUCUACACAGGAAUGUGUACCUCCUCGGGGGACUGAUCAGUAACAACAAGAAGAGCAUUGCAAGUGCCAGAGUUUAUAGUUUCUCCUUGAAAAUGAAUCGCUGGCGGUCAGAGAGAGACAUGCCCCUCCCCUGCUAUUCCCAUCAGACUCUGGCGCACAUGAAUUGUAUUUUCUCUCUGGGAGGAAUUGGGCCCAGUCAGGAGAUACUGGACACCAUGCACAGGUAUGACAGUGUGUUUGGUACCUGGGAGAAGAUGGCUCCCAUGCCUGUUGCCGUGCUGCACCCGGCCACUGCUGCCGUCAACCAGCGCCUCUAUGUUGUUGGCGGGGAGGACGUGGUCCAGAAUGCCGCUCGCUUGAUACAGGUUUACAACAUAUCACGGAACAUGUGGUUCAGAAUGGAGACAAGAAUGGUUAAAAACAUCUGCGGCCCCGCAGCUGUGGUUGGGGACAAGAUUAUUAUUAUUGGAGGAUACACAAGGAGGACUAUUGCCUUUGACACAAAGAGCAGCCAGUUUAUAAAAUGUGCCGAUAUGAAGGAGAGGAAGAUGCACCAUGGGGCCACAGUUGUAGACAAUAAAGUUUACGUUACUGGAGGCCGGCAUAUCACUUCUGACCACAUUAUUGAAGACAGUGAUGCCUUUGACUGCUAUGACCCAGAGACAGAUAGCUGGACAUCUAAAGGAAGCCUCCCACACAAACUCUUUGACCAUGGGUGUCUAACGCUACAAAGCAUUCCUUACAAAUCCUGCACAAUGUAAGUGUUGUGACAGAGUGUCACAGCAAGUGGUUUGGGCAGGAGAAGACCAUAAGUCCAUUCCACUUGUCCAUGUGUGGUAUUCCUCUGUUGUGGCAUGCUUGCGUUCAUCGGUCGGGAUAUUGAGUAUCAGAGUCGGGAAGACAUGGUGAAGCUUUGUAAGACAGGUUUGGCUGCAUUUGCAGCAUCGUGUGCAGCUCUGGCUACCCCAUUCUUAGACAGAUGUGGAGGCUUUGGGAAGGGCACAGAAUAGGUUUACCAGAAUGAUGCCUGGAUUAGGGGGGAAUUAUCUACAGGGAGAAGUUGGGCAGGCUUGGAUCGUUUUCUCUGCAACAUCAGAGGUUGCAGGGAGACCUGAGAGAAGUAUAUAAUAUUAUGAGAGGUAUAGACGGGAGAGACAAUCAGAACCUUUUUCCCAGGAUGGAAAAAUCAAACACUAGAAGGCAUAGCUUUGAGAUGAGAGGGGCAAAGUUCAGAGGAGAUGAGUGGAGCAAGUUUUUUCACACAGAGGGUGGUGAGUAUCUGGAAUGUGCUGUUGGGGGUAGUGGGUUGAGGCAGAUACAAUACUAAACCACCAAGUCAUUCUGAAUCCUGGCUGGGAUUCAACUCACCACCCCAAAGUCUCAUUUGCUGUCACAUAACCUUCUAUCUGCCUCCCCAUCUGAUGAUGCCCCCUGACUUCACCCUGCCUCGUUGUGCUUCAGAGCCAGGCAUGGCUGCUGCUGCUGUUCAUCCACAGGGCUGGAUUAACCAUUAGGCAAAAUAAGCACGUGCUUAGGGCAUCAAGGGAAGGGGGGGUGGGGGCAUCACAGAAAUGGUAAAUGGUUUACGGCACAGAAUAAAUCACUUGCUAAAAUAAUAUUCGAAGUGGUUUAUAUAAUC